UAUCAAAACAAAAAUCUGAUCAUCAUCCCAUUGGAAACAUCUUGUCCUGUCCUGCCGGUAGAUGGGGACAGUCAAAGUCCCAGACUGGCAGUAAAGACUCCUGGACCACCCCUGUCAGUCUGUGGGAGGCUUCCUAUUGGUCUGGGAGCGAAUGGGGUGUCAUAUGUCCCACACUUGCAUUGAGCCGUGAAUGCAGCCAAACUUUUACCGAAGAAAAGUGAGACUUUCCGGUUUGAGUUCAAUCAGUGAGGUAAACUAAAGUUUGUUUGUUGUCAGAGUGUUUUACAGUGAUGGUGUAGCUUCAUGCUCUGCAGCAGAGAGAGGGGUUUCUUUCGGUGCUGACAGGUUUGUGGCGCUCGGUGUGAUUCACGGUGGUGUUCACGGGUUGUUUGCGGCACCAGGAGUCGGUUAAAGCGGACAAAUGUCUGAGUGCGAGCAGAGAGGAAACACGGAGCAGCAGACGUUAAGGUCGGAGCAUGAACCAAACGGAAGCUUGGUGAACCCCAGAGCGGUGUGUAACGUGUGUAGACGGUUGUACCGGGACCCUAAGAUCCUCCCGUGUCUGCACACCUUCUGCUCGGACUGCAUCAGCCAGCUGGAGCCGUUCUCGGUGUCUGCACGGAGUCACCGGGACGGACCGGAGGGCAGCAGGGAGGGCGGUGAGGGGGCGGAGGAGGACCGACCCGCCGUCACCGUGACGGUGCUGUGCCCAGACUGUGACUCCGAGGUGGAUAUCCCUCCGUCGGGACCGGGAGGGCUGAGCACCGACCACCUGGCGCUGGAUGAGGUGUUCCUGGAGACCCUGGUGACUGACGGGCCGCUGGGAUGCGACCUGUGCGGCGAAGGAGGCGCCGAGAGCCGCUGCGAAGUCUGCUGCGUCAACCUGUGCGAGUUCUGCUGCCAGGCACACAGGCGGCAGAAGCGAACAGCGUCUCACUCUCUUCAGUGUCUGGAGGAGCUGAAGUCUCGUGGUCGUCUGAGCCGCCCCGUCCUCUGCUCCCUCCACCCCGGCCAGGAGCUGCGGCUCUUCUGUCAGCCCUGCGACCUGCCCGUCUGCCUGGAGUGCGCCACCCUGCUGCACCGUGACCACCGCUGCCGCCCCACAUGUGAUGUUAUCAAUCGUCAUGGAGACCGCAUCCGAGAGCUGGUCGCGGUGCACCUGCGACCUCGCAUGGAGCGUCUGAGGGACUCACUGCAGAAGGUAGAAACAUCCCAGGAGACUUUGCAGGCGCGGGUGGAUGCAACAGCCAAUGAGGUGAGGGCGUUUGCACGAGCCUACGCCAGAGCUGUGGAAGCCCACUGCCUGUCUCUGCUGCACGGCCUGGAGGAGCUCCGUGUCCAGCGCAGGAACCAGCUCCACCUGCAGAAGGCGCAGCUGCAGCAGGCUCUGUUGGAUGUCGGUGGAGGUGUGGAGUUUGCGGAGAGACUUCUGAGCUGCGGCUCAGACGCUGAGAUCCUAAGCGCCAAAGGAGUGACCCUGAGAAGACUGACCAGCCUGGUGGAGAACAGCUACGACCCCCACCCGGCAACCGUCGCCCCUGACGACGGCAGUGGCAUCAGCUUCUUGCCCAGGGAUCCAGCAGGGGAGGUGGACGGCUACCCGGUGGUCGGGGUGAUCAACUCGAAGACAGUGGACCUCAGCAAGUGCACCAUCGAAGGGGAAGGUCUGCAGAAGGGCAAGGAGGGUCAGCAGAGCCACUUCACCCUGGUGUGCCGAGACUCAGCUGGGGAGCAGGUGACGCGAGGUGGAGAGCAUGUCCUGGUCAGCAUCGUUCACAAGGAGAAGAAAAGCUGCACAGUGGAGACGAGCGUGGUCGACAACAGCGAUGGAUCCUACAGAGUGUCAUACACACCUGAGGAGCCAGGAACCUACUCAGUGUGGGUUUGUGUCAAAGCUCAACAUGUCAAGGGCUCUCCGUUUGUUCUGAGCGUGAAGAGGAAGUUCAGGCGUCACAGCGGGACGUUUCACUGCUGCUCCUUCUGCUCCAGCGGAGGAGCCAAAGAGGCUCGCUGUGGCUGUGCAGGAACCAUGCCAGGAGGAUUUAAGGGUUGCGGUCACGGUCAUAAAGGACACCCCGGGAAGCCCCACUGGUCCUGUUGUGGCAGCACCGUGGAGCAGUCCGAGUGUUUGCCUCAGAGCGUGCUGGCGGCAGUCUCCCCCCGCGGCCACCUGCGGACCGUGGAGCUCUGAGGCGACGCAGAGACGAGACCCGUCCAGAUGAUGCAAGUUAAUAAUGGACGGCAGCAACCAAAAGGUCAGAGCGGCGGGGGAGUAAGCUCGUUGGUGUAAAUCUUGGAAAAGGUCAGACAAAGUGAAGCUCUAAAGACACAGCGACUGAGACAGGACAUCAAAGUCGCUGUGUCUUGGGAGUGAUCACCUCUGCCAGACGUGCAGCAGCCAGCUCACCAUUAGAGACAAACACCAAAGCUGUGGCUCUGAAUCUGUUGUAAAGUGCCUUUGUGUCUAAGCUCUGCCUGCCUGUGACAAGGUAGAGGAUGAAGUGCCCCAAUCACAGCAGUCUGAAUCACAUGUGUUAAAAGCCUUGCUGAAGGGCACCUUAAAGAAGAGAUAGUGCUGCUUCCUUAUUGUUACACUUUUCUGUCCCCGGCUAUCUGCUGCUCUUAAAGCAGAUUCUUUUUUUAACCUUAAAGCUACUGUCGAUUUCAAAGGCGCUGAAAUCCGUGUUUUAUAUCUUAAAUGUAAAACUCAUUUAAAUGGAAACCUUAAGGAUCACCAGACGGUUGAACUUGAAUACUUUUGUAUUUUUUAUAUGCUUCAGUCAAGAAGAUAUCUUGAAAUAUAGUGCCUCAAAAACAAUCAUGAUUUCAAAAGAUAAGAAAAAUAAUUGACAAUAUAGCUACAAGCAGCACUUCCAGGGUUUCCCGCCACAAUUAAAACUUCUGCUGCCAUGUUUUGAUUUCCUAUUUUUGGACUUGGACCAUUCUUUAGCUGCGCUCUUGGAAUAUAUAUAUCGUCUGGUUAUUCAUUUGCUCCACAGAUGGAGCAGUUGAACGUGAAACUCAAUUUCAGUGCACUGGAUCUACAGUUUGUUUUCACUCACAAACAGCUGCUCCUUUCAUCCAUCGAUCUGAUGUCAUCGAUCUACUGAUCUGUUAUGCACUGCACAAGUCAAAAUCAAAACUCCACAAACUGCAGCUGAGGAAAAAAGAAGAGUCCUGCCUGUGCUGCGUUCAUGGACCUGCAAAAACCUGCAAAUCAAAUCACCAACCAUGUUAUUACUGGAUCAGAUUGUGACCUUGUAAUCAUGUCUCUUUGAUUUAUAUGUUUUUCAAAUCUUCAGCUAUAGUUUUUAUAGUUUAGUUUCUGACCUCUGUUUUGUCUCAAAUAUAUUUAAAAUAGUGUAAUGUAAUGUAGGCUGUGGCCUAUGCGAUGAAUCAAUGGACAACACUAAGUAAAACGUUAUUGUGUUAUCUUAGCAACAGUCACAUAUACAUGCAUUAAUACCACUGCAUCCAGUGGAUUAAAAUGGAGGCUCUGCCUUUUAUUAACCUGUUGCCAUGGUGAAUCGUAGUAUCAGAGCUCCAUUGAUGAUGCCUUCUUUCACUCACUAUGCACAAGCUUUACUCAGAGUUGACUGAACUAAUUCUGAUCAGCUGUUCUGGAGCCAAAAGCUCAGAGUUUUCCAUCUCUGGUUCGUCAAAUCAGAGUUUGUUGUAUCUGUUCUGAGUACUAAGAAAUAUAUAAUUUAGGGCUGCCCCCUAAUAGUCGACCAAACGUUAGUCGACCAAAAGGUCAUUAGUUGGCAAG